CCCCUGUCAAGCCCGAGCCUGAAGUGAAGAUUAAAAACAGGAACUGGGAAGAUGCGAGAGGUGUAAGAUGGCGGCUUCCAAUGGGAGGUGGGCGAGAGUGGUGUAUACAGUAUUCGGGUUUAGUUUUCUGUCGGUGACAGCGUUUCUGAAUUUGGAGGAACUGAACGAGAUGAAAUAUGGCAUCGAGAUUCUGUCCGACCCGGUGAUUAAAGGACAGACGCUCUCUGAAGAUGUGAUGAUCGUUUCCUCAAAGUACAAGCAAGUGUACGAGUGCAAGCUGCCAGCCCAGGCGAUGAGGUUUCACCACCCUGACUCUGCUGAAGACUCGCAGGGCUACACGGGACUCGGGAUCCCAGAACUGUUAAAGCCCAUGGAAGGUGCACCUUGUCUCAUAAAGACCAAAGAUUGGUGGACGUACGAGUUCUGCUACGGACAGCACAUCAGACAGUACCACAUGGAAGAUUCUGAAAUUAAGGGAGAAAUCUUGUUUCUUGGUUUUUACAGUUCGGAAUUUGACUGGAACAAUGAAACUGCAAAGGCCUCAAAACAACACAGGCUAAAAAGAUACCACAGUCAGACCUACGUCAAUGGCUCCACGUGUGAUCUCAGCAGGGCUCCGCGAGAGACGGAAGUGAGGUUUAUGUGUGAGGAGGGCUCCAAUGAUUAUAUUACUCGUGUGGACGAGCCUCAGUCCUGCAGCUACGUCCUGACCGUCCACACCCCGCGGACCUGUCAGCACCCCUUUCUGCGCCCCGCCUCCACUAACAAGCCCCACCCCAUCAAGUGCCAGCCCGCCCUCAGUCCCGAGCAGUAUGUGGAGUACGUGAAAGCACAAGUGUCGGAUACCAAACGCAGAGUGGAGCAGAUUUCUGAGGAGCUGAAGAGCCUGGAUGAGAUCCUGUCGAGGGACGACGAGGCGGCCAGCAAGCCUGAAAACCUGCUUGUGGUCGAGAGCGUUCAGAUCAUUGAGGAAGAUGAAGUCGACCAUGAAGGGGAUUCAGCUCAGAUCGAGGACGCCUCCAAUGAAGAUGCCGAUUUCUGGGAUGGAGUUAUGAAACCAGACGAUGGUGAAUCUGGGGAGAGAAAUGAGCAGAUGGAGGCUGAUGGUGAUGGAGAAUUUGGAGAACAAGAUAUAGAGGAUACAAAGUUGGAUUUCAAAACCAUAAGAAACCCUUCCGAUCUGGUGAAACUCGCCAACCUAUUGAAAGAGGCGCCUGAAAAGCCAAAAGCUGCAGGUGAUGAACAGGAGGACAGCAAAGAUGUGUCUCCUGCCAAGACUGGAGAGAACACUGCAUCUGUGGAAAGACAAGAGCGAGGAGAGGACCAUGAAGAUGAUGACCUCAUGGAAGAAUUUGAGAAAGAGAUGAAGGACAUCUCUGUGCCAUCGUCCAAGAUAGGGGAAAUCAGAGAGACCAUGGAGCAGGAGUUUGAUAAUAUUAUAGAUGAGGCACAGCAGGAGCUGGACGGUGAGGGUCUGAAGGGGGAGUUUGAUCGCAAUCAGGCAGCCAAGACACUGGAGACCACCCUGAACCAAAUGAUGGACAAGCUGGAGGGCAAAGUGGUUGAGGACCAGCAAGGGGAGCAGACCGACAGAGCCAGGGGCAGCCCCAGCCUGGCUCCCAGACAACCAGACGAACCUACAGCUGAUGAUGAUGAUGUUAAAGUCAGAAUUACGAAGUACAAGUCAGACGGCAGCCCCCAGAACAAGAUGCAGGUGCAGGAAAUGAGUGCUGAAGACCCGCAAGUACAGUACAUCAAAGACGUGGUGAAGGAGCAGCUUGAAAAAGCAGGACUGAAAGCAGAAGGCAAAAUCGAGGUGAAGAUCAUGACCCGAGGGCAGCCGGAUGAUGACGACGUGGGAUGGCUGUCGCGGGAAGAUACCAAGUCCUUCAGGGAAAUCCUCAUUACCCUGCUGACCGGUGGCACAGAGGAGGCUUACAAGGAGCAGCAAAGACAGGAAGAGCUGGAAACGAACUACAGGUUUGUGUGGGGACAAAAACAAGAAGAUACUCCGCCUGCAAGCAACACAGACAACUCUGACGAGAUGGACUUCUGAAUGGAUCUUUGAGAAAGCAGCCGGUUCUGUGGUUCAUUUAAUAAAAUCACACCAGAGUGGUGGUUCAGCUGAGAUCCCAAUCUGGGCCUGAGCUUGCCACCACGAGUGCGGGUCGACUCCACAAGGAAAGAUUCUCAAGUCUUGGUUCAGACGGGUGGAUAGGGCAGGGCUGCUGGCACGUCAGUGCUGCUACAUCAAACUGACGCACAUUAUUAUUUUGAUUUGUUAAACGAGAAAGUGGGAGCUUUCCCUUUUAUACAAAUAAAUAAUUGCACAAAGCUUAUUGCGAUUUUUUUAUUUAUUAUUUUUUUUUUUUUUAUGAAAACAAAAAAAUACAAAACUGGAUGUAGACUUCUCAGUGACUAGGCUUCUCUGUGUUGCUAUACUGACCUUGAAUUGUUUGGACACAAAAUUAGAAACGCCAGCCAUAACGCUGUCAACGGGGAGUGCAACCAGCAACAGCAGCCAGGAAAUUCGACCUUGGACUUUUGCUCCAUGAAGCAAUUUGAUAUGCCUGCUAUAAACCAAUGUGAAACAGGGAGCUGCAGAUUUUGCGUAUUACAAAUCGAAUGUGCUACAUUGCAGUGUGUUUUUUUUUUUUU